AUGCAAUUGAAACAAAAUCAACAAGAAGAAGAGAAGAAAGUUCGUCGUUGUUUGAUGGCUUUGUUAAUAGAAGAUUUCUUCAUGUUUCCUAAUGCUAUUAACGUGAAGCUUACGACUUUCGAAGUCUAUCACAAAGCUUUAAUGUCUUCGCUUAGAUAUUCAUGUUUACAAUGCUUGUCGAGGCUUGAGUCGGUUGUUGCUUGCACCCUAAAUCUACUCAAAAAGAAAACUAUUCAACCAUCAAUCUUCUACAGGAGGGAAAAGUUGCAAAUCAUGGAUGAUGUGGGACGAACCGGAAAAGUAUUUGUGAUUGUAGUGACAAAACUUUUAAUACCAUAA